GCAACAACAAAGCCCCGGCGAGAGGGACACAAGCAUAGGAAAGAAGGUGUUAUAGCGAACAGGCCGUUAUUUUGUCCUCCUCUACCUGCGUGUUCGGCCAUGGCCUCUUCUAAGACAUUAGCUAGACCAUUGACCCAACACCGCCAAUCCAUCUCUUCGGGCUCGAUGUCUUCCUUAGGGCCUGCGAGGCCGAUGUCCCAUUCACGCAACAACUCCCAUGCCUACUCCACGCUGUCCGGCGCUAUCAAUGCCACCCACCGCGUAACCCGUCGGAAGAGCAUGACCAACAGUGCCGCCAACGCCGCCGCUGUCGCUGCUGCCCUGGAGGAAGCUGGCGACAAGGUCACCCCGCUACCGAUCGCCGUCAACUCGCGUCGCGGUACCAUGUCCAAGUCUGCUCUCUCCCGGUCCGCUAUCGUCGGCAGUCUACCCUCCCCGCCCGCGAGCCUGCCGACACACAAAUUUUCGAUGAGCAUGACCUCCGAGGGCCCCGAGAAUGCAAUUGACGAUGACUCGAACGAUAUGUCGGCUGAUGAGGGCGACGCGGAGCUUCAGAAGGCUCGCAUUCGGCGGGCAAGCGACGGACAGCCCCUUACCAAGGAGGGUAAGAAGAGUAAUCGAGUGGAACUCCGCUGCGAUAAGUGUGGGAAGGGAUACAAGCAUAGCAGCUGCUUGACCAAGCAUUUGUGGGAACAUACACCCGAGUGGUCUCUCACAUCCAAGCUGCUUAUAUCCAAGCACCAACAAGUUCAACUACUCGAAGCGGCUUCGGUGCUCGUCGCCAUGAAUAAUAAGGAUGUCACCACGCCUCCAGACUCUGCGAAAGACUUCACCAGCGAAACUGAUUCGGUUUCUCCUACCACUUCGGGUUAUUCGGAUCCACAUGAUAGUCACGGAUCGGCCGAUACCACUCCGCCGCCGCACCCAGAGGCCUUUGCAGCCAAUGCCUUAGCAUAUCGCACGGCGCCCAAGAGGAGCAGCAACGGAAGCGUAUAUUCCCGUUCCUACCAGUCAGCUGCGUCGGGCACGUUUUUGCCGAGCAGUUUUCCAAACGGAAGUGGAUUUGGUCAUUAUCGACAAGCGAGUUCGGACCGGCGUCCCCCUUCGUCGGGGGCGAACAACACUGGUAAAGACGACCGCGAUCUGGCAGCAGCUGUCGAGUUGCUCAGUUGCAGCAUCAGCAGCAACGGGGGCUCCCGAGAUGUUAGGCUACCCAACGACGCUCCCCCGGUGCCGCCGUUGCCCCCGCAAUACCUUGAUCAUACGGCUUUUGCUAGCACGAGUUUCAUAAACAGCUACCAGUCCGGCCAGAUGCCAGAAAGUUUCACGCGGGGCGAGCUUCGGCAAACGGAGGACGUGAAGAUGGAAGAUAGCGAAAGCAGUAUCAUGGACGAAGACGAGGGCGACCGACGCUGGGGAGGGCGCAGCAGCGAGGAAGACGACGAUAUGAUGUUUGGUUGUAUGGAGGAUUGAACAACACGGUGACGGUCUUGGAACUCGCUCGACUCUCGAGACGACACGAAAUGAUUGAUGGGUUUUUGGUUGUUUCCUAUGUACCGCGCGCGGGUAUAGCAAAUUUUGCAAACAAGGUGGUUCGCUCCGCGGCCGAAACCUCAGCACCGAAGAAUGGGGGAGUUUCCGGAGAGGUA